UUGAAGGAUGGAGGGUACACGUAUGUUGCGGUUUCGGGUUUGUUUUAUAUUGCUGUGUAUUUGUGGUUUAACAUGUUGUGAAAUAAAAAAAUUUCCUCUUCUAAUGCCCAAUGUAUUCCCAUCAAGACCCGAAUUGUACAUAUGUACUCCAGUCCGAAUAGUGGACGACAAGGUUUUUAAUAUAGUGGGGUUUGAGCCCAAUGCCACGAUGAACGUUGCCCAUCAUAUGUUACUAUUUGGAUGCACUACACCGGGUUCUACCGAUGAACAAUGGGACUGUGGGGAAAUGGCGGCUACAGAAACAUAUGGCCCCUUGAAGAAAUCAACCCCUUGUUUAGAUGGAAAUCACGUACUAUAUGCCUGGGCGAGAGACGCCAAAACAUUAACUCUUCCACACGAUGUCGGAUUCCAAGUAGGCAAGGGAACUGAUAUACAAUAUCUGGUACUACAAGUCCAUUACACAAAGAAAUUUUCAGAGGGACAGACUGAUAAUUCUGGAUUGUUUCUAAUGUACACUGAAGAACCCCAGAGCAAAUUAGCGGGAGUGUUACUGUUGGGGGUAGGAGGAAUAAUUCCACCUAAAAGUCAAACUUACAUGGAAACAGCUUGCGAACUGAAUGAAAACAAAACCAUACAUCCGUUUGCCUACAGAACUCAUACACAUUCCCUAGGUAAAGUUGUUUCCGGCUAUAGAGUGACAAGAGACAGAGAUGGAUUCGAUCAUUGGUCUUUGCUAGGUAAAAGAGACCCACUCACACCUCAGAUGUUUUAUCCAGUGUUCGAUGAUACCCCCAUCAUGCAAGGAGACCGUUUGGCUGCUCGAUGUACAAUGGAUAGUUCGCAUAGAAACAGGUUUACCCAAGUUGGGUAA